GUGUCAGCCACGUAUCAUUCCCACGCGCGUGAGAACAGAUGUAAGCUUUGAUCGGGUGCUAAAAAGCGUCGAUUUUACUCGUAGAGUCGAGUUUAAUACUACCUUUAGUUAAAAAUGAGUUGGUUUCGGUCUGUUCUUGGGUCCAGUGACACCGCAGCUCAACCGUCUGGAGCUGAAACGAUUGCACGACUGUGUGAUAGAGUGAAGUCCUCUACUCUCCUUGAUGACAGACGAGAUGCGGUACGGGCAUUGAAAUCACUCUCCAAGAAAUUUCGCUUUGAGGUUGGGACCCAGUGCAUGGAGGUACUGUUGGGAAUCUUACAGACGGAUCGGAGUGACCCAGAGAUUGCCAGCUAUGCCCUGGAGACCUUGCUGAACAUCAUCUGCCCAACCAUCGAAGAAGAAGACGAUGACUAUGAACACAUCGAUGUAGACGCCAGAGAACGGGAGAUCAGACAACUCAGUGAGCACUUUGUUGACAUCUUCCUCAACAAGACCGAAAAUAUCACCCUCAUGCUUGGUCUCCUGGAGGAGUAUGAGUUCCGUAUCCGCUGGCCAGCCAUCCGUCUGAUGACCGCCCUGAUCAACCUGCGGUCCAGCCAAGUCCAGCAGAUCAUCCUGGUCAGUCCCAUGGGUGUCUCCAAGCUAAUGGACCUGCUGUCAGACAGCCGGGAAGUCAUCAGGAACGACGGCCUGUUACUGCUCACUGCCCUGACCAAGGGCAAUGCCAACAUCCAGAAGAUUGUGGCCUUUGAGAAUGCCUUUGACCUACUGCUGAGGAUCAUCAUGGAGGAAGGGGGAAGCGACGGUGGCAUCGUGGUGGAGGACUGCUUGCAACUGCUCCUCAACCUGCUCAAGAAGAACAGCUCCAACCAGACCUUCUUCAAGGAGGGGAGUUUCAUUCAACGCCUGUCUCCGUUCUUUGAACUCCAAACACUGGUACCACAAAAUCCAGACGGCACAUGGUCAACACAGAAAGUCAAGAACGUUCAUCACAUGCUACAGGUCAUACGGAGCCUGGUUUCUCCCAACAAUCCCCAGCAAGCGACCAGCGCCUGCCAGAAGUUGAUCCACUCCUGCGGUUUACUCAAGCAGUUGUGCAGCAUCCUCAUGGCCAGCGGGGUUCCGGCCGAUAUCCUGACUGAGACAAUCAACACUGUGUCAGAGGUCAUCAGAGGUUGUAAGGUCAACCAGGACUUCUUUGCCGCCGUCAAUGCACCUUCCACCCCGCCAAGACCAGCGAUUGUCGUCCUGCUGAUGUCCAUGGUCAAUGAGAAGCAACCAUUUGUUCUCCGCUGUGCUGUCCUCUACUGCUUCCAGUGUUUCCUCUACAAGAAUGAAGUGGGACAGGAGCAGAUUAUUUCCACGCUACUCCCCGCCACGGCAGAUGUGUCGGCAGUGACCGCGGGCCAGCUUCUCUGCGGUGGUCUGUUCAGUCAGGACUCCCUGUCCAACUGGUGUGCCGCCAUCGCGCUCUCCCACGCCCUCAAGGACAACACCGCCCAGAAGGAGCAACUGCUGCGGGUGCAGCUUGCCACUGGGCUGGGCCAACCUCCAGUGUCGCUGCUGCAGCAAUGCGCUAACAUCCUGUCACAGCCCACCGUCAGGUUCCAGACUAAGAUAGGUCUCCUAAUUCUUCUGAGUUCCUGGACUGCUGGAUGCCAGUUGGCCGUCACCCACUUCCUACUCAACCCAGCGAACGUACCAUUUCUCACCGCUCAAGUCGCUGAGCAUGCAGACGAGCAUGAGUUGCUUGGACAGGGACUUUGUGCAUUCCUGCUGGGUAUCUGUGUACACUUCAAUGACAACUCAAAUGAGAGCUUUACAAAGGAGAACAUGAAGCAGCUGAUUGUUAAGCGAGUCGGCCUGGAAUCUUUCGUUGAGAAGCUAGACCUAGUGUCCAAACACGAACUCUACACCUUGGCAGCCCAGAAACCACAACUCCAGUUCCCCUCCCCAGAUGUCAUGAUGCUGGACUAUGAAUUUACGACACUCUUCAAACAGCUAGAAGGUGUGUUAUUGAAAGCUGUGUCAGACAAAGAUGACGUAGAGACCAAGAAAACCAUCGAAGACCAUGACAGUAUUGUCACCCAGUACAAAGAAAUCAUCAGGGAGCAGGAUGUCCAACUUGGGGAACUGAGGACAAAGUACUCAAGUCUUGAGAGGGAACACAAGAAAGCGGAGGCACUCCUGGGGGAGCAAGGACUACAGAUUCAACAGCUCAAGGACCAGUACGCCCUGAUCAAAGCACAGCACGGUGUACAGUCCGGUCAGGGUGAUGUCAACAACUCCAUCGACUCUGCAAGUCUGGCCUCGGGCUCAGACAGGGAAAGGGUAGCUCAGCUUGAGGCAGAGAUUGCAGCCUUAAAGGAAGAGAAGGCAACGCUUAGUACGCAGGUCGAGGAGAAGAAUGCUAGGAUAGAAAAAUUAACCAAUGAUUUAACAAUAUCUGAUGCCAAAGCCGUACUGUCCUCCAAUGACAUGGAGAACACGUCCUCAGAUGAACUGAGGACACACCUUGAGGAGAUGCAGAAGAAAAACGAAAAACUGAGAAUGGCACUGGCGGACGCGACAGCCGAAAUCGAGAAACAAAGUAAAAUGGUUGAAGAGCUCUCAGAAAAAGAAAGGUCAUCAAGGGAUAUCUUCAGCAGAGAGAUGUCAGAUCUGGAAUCAAGACUAGCACAGUCAGAAUCAGGCCAUGCCUCACUUGUUGCUGAGAAUGAACAGUUACGAUCCACCAACCAAAUGCUGGAAGCCGGACACUUAGAAGCUCAAAACGCCUCGCAGAGAGCCAGCAGUGGAGAUGCGGAGGCCAUCAACCAGCUCAAGGAGGCUGUCAACCAGCUUCAGCAAGAAAUGAAAGUUUUAGAGCAGGAGCGGGAUUCAGUAAAGUUGGAACUGGAAGAUGUGCGGAAGGAACAGGAUGAUGUCCUGGUACUUAUGAUGGAAACUGAGUCCAAAAAAGACAAGUACAAGGAGAAACUUAAAGAAUUAGGCCAAACAAUUUCCGACGAUGAACUUGGGGAGGAGGGUGAGGACUGGGAAGACGAAGAAGAAGAUGAAAAAGAAGAUAGCUGAGUUGCCUUGGAAACCAGCGAUGUCAAAAGUUUUUAAUGCAGAAUCUGUAAAAGUGUCUAAAUUUAAUAGGAUAUAUAUAUUUUGAGAAGGUCUUUCUGAACUGUGUUUUGUUUUUCUUUCAUUUGGUGUCUAAAAUGCCUUGGUUGCGACCCUGCAGAGGAAACUGUCUCGCUGUCAUUUCCUCAGUCACAAAGCUGGCUGUAGUCAGCUCAAGAGCAGACUGUAACCAUGGACCUCAUGCAGAAUGCUUUCAAACUCUCUACAGCAUUUUUGACAUGAUGCUGAGCAUCAAAUAGCUCACGUUUUUUUCCAUCAGAAGUCUUUUUCACCACUCACAUAGAAUGAAGCAGGCCAUUUGUGGCAUUAACAGCAGGCCAAUGUGCCCAAUUACACAUGUAUUGGAAGUGGGUUUCCUCAGCAUUAGAUCAAAUCUCCAGAAGUGAACAUUAAAUGUUGCAGUUUUCCACGGUGAUCGUUAAUGGUGGAAAUUGUGAAUAAUUUUUCAUCGGCGCUGAAAGUUGCUGUAGUAGCUGUUCUGUCACUUGUAUCAUAAUAGAUCAGUAUAAAGCGCGGCAGGUUUUCUAUCUGCAGAAAUAAUCAUUUUCCAUGGGACGGGGCAAGAUUGAGAGUAAUUUUAUGUAUUGUUUAUGCAAUGAAUUGUGGAAUCUUUUCAAUCUUUUAAUUCACAACUGCCACCAAUGACAUUAUAAAGAAAUUAUAUGUUUGGAAGUCCUUGUUUUAUUUGUAUUUGUUUUUAAUUGCUUUUUCUAGAUUAGUUUGAUGUAAUUAGUGUCGUACGUGGUCUUGCCAGCUGUUGAAUAUUAAUUGUUACGGACUACACGUUCACGGGAUUUUUAGAGAGCUAGCAUAUCAUGUAGUCCGUGUUCCACGGAGAGUAUUGUAUAAUUAUUCUUUAUCACAAUAGUGACAAGAUGCUGUCUGUGUCCAGGAAAAAAACACAGGAUUUGGUCGAUUUGUUUGGCGCCUGUCCAAGUACGACUGAAAAAAAGCAGCCCUUCACAUUGUGAAAUCUUUUGUAGACUGUCAUUCUCGGGUUUUUCUGAUUUGCAUUGAAAGCAUUGUAUAACACCCAUGUGAAAACAGAUGAGAGAAUUUCUGUAUGUAAUGUAACCUCAGAACUUAGAUACUCAGAUACGCUAUCCUAGGCCGUCUGUAUAAUGAAGCAAAGAACAGCUGUGCACGGUAAUACCUAGUGGCUGCAAUCUGGAAAAAGGUCUAGAAUCCCAUCCCCAUGCUAGGAACAUUUCUUUAAAAUUUAAUUGUAAAUAAAAUUCCAAUCCACAGUGAGUA